AUGGGCAAGGACCAGGAGUUUUUGGAGGCGGCGCGUAAUGGCAACAUCAGCCAUAUUGAGAAAGUCCUGUCGCAGAAGGCGAAACGUGCCGGUCCAUUGGCUAGCUUACGUCGCGGCACUGGCGUCAAUGUGCAGGACAACGGCGGUUACUCGGCUCUGCAUCAUUCCUGUCUAAAUGGCCAUCAGGAUAUUGUGCGUUUGCUGCUCGCCCACGAGGCUUCGCCCAAUUUGCCAGACUCGCGUGGUUCGUCGCCCCUGCACCUGGCCGCCUGGGCGGGUGAGACGGAAAUUGUGAAAAUGCUUUUGUGCCAUCCUUAUAGGCCGGCCAACGCAAAUCUGCAGACGAUUGAGAACGAGACGCCGUUGCACUGCGCUGCCCAGCACGGACACACAGGAGCGCUGGCUCUGCUGCUGGCCCACGACGCAGAUCCAAAUAUGAGGAACUCCCGAGGCGAAACCCCCUUGGAUCUGGCGGCACAGUACGGACGCUUACAAGCGGUACAAAUGCUAAUCCGCGCACAUCCGGAGCUUAUUGCCCAUCUGAGCACAGCGGCGGUGGAAAGCGGAAGAGUGGGCUCCUCCCCAGCCACACCCACACGCCUCAUCUUUCCGCACACUUGCCUGCAUCUGGCUAGUCGCAAUGGCCACAAAAGUGUGGUUGAGGUAUUGCUCGCUGCUGGAGUGAGCGUGAAUCUGCUUACACCCUCAGGGACCGCCCUGCACGAGGCAGCGCUCUGUGGCAAGGAGAAUGUGGUGCGCACGCUGCUCAAGGCAGGGAUCGAUCUGAAUGCCACCGACAGUGAGAAUCGCACCGCGCUCGACAUACUCAAGGAGUUCCCACCGCAUGUCACCAAGCACAUUAUUGCCGUGAUCAACAAUUUUCGCCAUCAAAUGGAUACUGACGAUGGCGACGAGGUUAUCUAUCGACACCAUGUGCUCCCGCCAUCGGGAGCGCGCAACUCUAAGCAACAUCAGCAACAUCAGCAACAUCAGCAGCAGCAACAGCAGCAACAGCAACAGCAGCACAACAACCAUUACCACUUUAAUUCCAACAAUCAUUUGCUCAAUCACUCACAUUCCAUGCAACAGUCCGCCUACAGUAAACAGCGCUACAGUGGCGGCAUCGGCGGCGGCAACUUCAAUGGCGGCAAGUCGCUGGACAGCGCACUACAGCCAGACGACAGGUUCUACCACGACAUCAACUCCCCAGUGCACAGUCAUUCAAACGCCUCGCACAAUGACAUGGGCAUCAGCCCGUCCUCUUCGAUGAGCAGCUUUGAGCCGGCCUCGGUGUCGCCACGUUCCCGCUCCUCCACUGGUGGCGUUAUUGGUGGCAACUCACAGCCACCGCUUCACAUGAGCACCUUUGCGUCUGGUGGGCCGCCCAAGAAACCGCCUCGUCGCAACCUAUCAGUCUCGCCCACGCAUACGGGCCAGCAAUUCAGCUAUACGUCACCAAACCAUCAGGGACAGCAUUCGGGACAAAAUUCGCGCAGACCCCCACAGCAACAACAACAACAGCGCAGCCCCUCCAAUGACAGUCCCUAUUCGCAUCAGAGCCACGGCAGCGUGGGCGGCAUGAGCUUCGACGAGACGCAACUACGUGAACGGCAACGGGGCGAUCGUCUCUAUGCCAGCGCACGGGAAAGUACACGAUCCGCUGCCGCCGGCAUGUGCCUCAGCUCGAGCAAUGACAUGCUAGACCGUCAGUGCAGCAGCUCGGAGCUGAACAGCGAGACCACAGGCAGUGUUGCAAACUCCAGUGGCGAGUCGCCUGCAGCGCAUGCCACCAAUUCAAUGAAGCGGCCUAUACCCGCACCACGAGGCAUUAGCAAGCUGUCUAAGGAGCUUAUCAACUGCGAAAAUCCCACGCUCAAGUCCUACAAUCCCAAUCGCAAGCUGAAGCGUAAUCGCAACAGUUGCUCGCUCAAUGUGGGCGAUAAGCCAGCUGUGGAGAGCAACAGCGAGCCCAAGCAGCAAAUACCCAGUAGUCCCACACACUACAAACAGCCACCGACACCGGAUCAUCCGCCGCCAUCCUCCAGUCAGGCGGAGCGAACCAUACACGAGCGCAUUCGACCGCUUAGUCAGGAGUACAAACGUCGCUCGGCGCUGCUGCAGCUGCAGGCGGCUCAGCAGCUAAUGAUCGAGACGGGUUCGUCGCCCUCCAAGCUCAUACCGACGCUGACCACGCCAGGCUAUGACUAUCCCUAUGAGCACUCACCACCCACGAACACAGUGGUAGCGCUGUAUCCCGCCAGUGGCAUGCAGGGCUCCUCGGGCUCGUUGAGCUCCAGCAUAUCUUGCUCAGAUCACAGCCUAUCCACCGAUUAUGUGGAGGAAUUUGUCAGCGAUGUGCCCUUCGCCGGGCUACUCAAAGGUGCCACUCAACAGCCCAAUGGUGCCAAGAAGUGGGAACAGAAUCAGGAGGUGAUAGUCUCCCAGCCACAGCCACCGCCAACAGCACCACGAGCUCGACCACCCAUACCCAUAAAGCCCAUACUUCCCGAACGCAAGUUCGUAAAGCCCCCAACGACGACAAGCCAACAACAACCGCAGCAGCCCACAAUUGAAGUCAAACUGGAAACGAAUGGCUCCCACAAUGAAAUCACGCCCAGUCCCGCUGCCAUUGAGGAUGCACUUAGUCAGCGGAGCCUCCACAGCAAUGCCACUGAAGCGACCUCCGGCACACAACAGAACAACGAAUCCAGCAACGAACAGAAUGACAACAGUAAUAACAAUAGUGCCAAUGGGAGAUCGGACAAUGCUAGCAACCUGCUCAGUCCCUUCAAUGCCGAAGAGGCGCGAAAGAAAAUCUCCGAAAUCAUUGAGAAUUUUGGCAGUGGCAUAUUGAAUACCAACAUAACGCCCACCCACGACAUUGAGCUGGACUUUGAGGACCUCGAGGUGGGGCCGGAGCGCCGAGAGCUGGCGAUGCGUUUGAGGAACGCCGGGCUGCUGCACUUGGAGCGCAUGCUCUUCGAGAAUGGCUAUGACAAUUACAAAUUCGUGCGCAAUGUAUUCGAGGAGGAGGAUGUGGCUCUGCUCCACAUACCCGAAAAGGAUGCAGCCAAACUACUUCACUUUGUUCAGUCGCUGCCACCAGCCGAGUUCCAGCCACAGGUGCCGCUGAAGACGCAACAGGAGAACAAGGAGCAACGAGAGUGCAAACAAGGCGUCGCGACGCUUCAGCAAUGGCUUCAAAGCAUCGCUCUACCGGAAUAUCUGGAGUUCUUCAACAAACAUCUCUACAACACUAUUGAGAGUGUCUGUGGGGUUUGGGAUGUGGAACUGCAGACGGUUCUUGAAAUAAACAAGUUGGGUCAUCGACGGCGCAUUCUGCAGUCCUUGGCCUACAUACGACAAAUGCGGGAGCCCAAGUCCAUAAAAACUCCGCUGGGGGAGAACAACGAAACAAAUCGCAUGGCAACGAAUGGCAACAAGCCAACGGGAGGGCCAACACAACCUGUGGCGACGGUGCAGCAUCGCAAUUCGAUUACGGGCUACCGCAAGAAUCGCCCUGCACCACAACCACCUGUCUUGCCCACUGUCCCGAAAACUGCCAAUCCCACGGCUACGGCUACGGCUCCACUUCAUAUACGAGCGCCCUCCGAACUCCUCCUGGGCAUUCCUGCAAAUCUACGCACCAAAUGGCGGCACUCGGCUAAUACGCUCCUCAACGAGCAAAUUAAAUACGAGGUCUAUUACCUCGGCUCAACGGUUGUGAAAGAACUACGUGGAACUGAAUCUACUAAGAAAUCUAUACAAAAGCUGAAAAUGUCUUCCGCUGAGGCAAGCGAGCUGCCUGCAGAUGAACAAGACCAGGAGCAGCAACAACAUCCAUUGGCCAGCGCUCCGGGUGGACGGGGUGCGCUCCUCUCUCUGGCCAUUUGCCACAGGGGUGUGGAAUUUAUCGAUAUGGCCAGUAAGCGCAGCAUAUGUGAGCACGAAAUACAGAAUAUUAACUGCGCCUGCCAAGACUCUGAGGAUUUGCGACAUUUCGCCUACAUAACCAAGGAGCAGGACAUGCACUAUUGUCACGUCUUUAAUGUGCAGAGCACGGAUCUGGCCACCGAGAUCAUUUUGACACUGGGCCAGGCCUUCGAGGUGGCCUAUCAACUGGCGUUGAGGGAUGGAAUCGCCAAUACACCAGCACUGCUGGACAACGGCAUGCUGCAGGGCGAGUAUUGUGGGGGCAAAUAGAGCAGGGCCCCCAUUGAGGCGGCAGGACGAACUCCGAAGAGACCAAAUCGUAGCUUAUGCGCCAAACUAUUUUGCCUGGCCAAUUGGGCGCUGAUCAAGUUGUAGGUAGACUUUUUAGGGGCAUUGUGUUUAUUGCAGUCCCCGAAACCUAGUCGUUUCGCGUAAUUUACUUUUAUAUACUGUUUUUAAAGUCUAACUUUUUUUAAUGACAAAUCCACAAAUAGCACAAAAAACCAGAAGACUCUCAAGCAACCAACAAAAAAACAAACAAACAAACGCACAAUUUUUUUGAAAAUUAAAUUUCUAAAAUAAUGCACAAAACCAACAUCUUUUUAACUCGAGCUUCAAACAAUCAUCAAAACGAACGCACAAAUUUGUUAAACAUUUCAA